AUGAAAUCCUUUGUAGUUUUAAUUCUCUCAUUGUCAUUGGUUCUAGUAAUGUCAGAGAGUUUUGAUUUCCAUGAAAAUGAGUUAGAUUCUGAAGAAAGCUUGUGGGGUUUGUAUGAGAGGUGGAGGAGUUAUCACAAUGUUUCUACGAAUCUUGAUGACAAACACAAGCGUUUCAAUGUGUUUAGGCACAAUGUCAUGCAUGUUCAUAACACUAACAAAAUGGACAAGCCGUAUAAGUUGAAGUUGAAUAAGUUUGCAGACAUGACUAACCAUGAAUUUCGAAGAAUUUACGCGGGCUCAACGAUUACACAUCAUCGAAUGUUCCGUGGGGCGACGCAGGGAAAUGGAACUUUCAUGUACGCGAACGUGGAUAGGGUCCCGUCAUCCGUUGAUUGGAGAAAGAGAGGUGCUGUUACUGAAGUUAAGAAUCAAGCCCAAUGCAAUUCAGGCUAGGCAUUUUCAACUGUCGCAGCAGUUGAAGGUAUUAAUCAAAUCAAGACCAACAAGCUAGUGUCUUUGUCUGAACAAGAGCUGCUGGACUGUGACAUUGAACAAAAUCAAGGAUGUGAGGGAGGACAAAUGGAUAUUGCAUUCGAGUUCAUCCGACAAAAUGGGGGCAUAGCUAGUGAGGCUAGUUAUCCUUAUACAGCUGAAGUUGGAACUUGCCAUGCUUCAGAGGAGGGGAGGAAACCAGUGGUUUCUAUCGAUGGAUAUGAGAACGUGCCCGAAAAUGAUGAGACUGCAUUACUUCAAGCAGUAGUAAACCAACCUGUAUCUGUUGUCAUUGAUACUGCAGGUUCAGAAUUCCAGUUCUACUCUCAGGGGGUGUUUAACGGAAAUUGCGAAACAGAACCGGAUCAUGCAGUGGUGAUCGUCGGUUACGGAACAACUAUUGCUGGAAGCAAGUAUUGGAUAGUGAAGAAUUCAUGGGGAAUUCAAUGGGGAGAGGAAGGUUACAUAAGGAUGGAGCGAGGCAUCUCAGACGAAAAAGGACUUUGCGGCAUAGCAAUGCAAGCUUCCUAUCCUAUCAAGAAUACCUCAGAAAAUCCUACAGGAAUCAAUUCUUCUACUAUAAAGAUGAUUACUGAAGAAUGAAUAAACAUAAUAAGAUUACAUGUUUACUCUUUAAUCAUUGAAUAAGGCUUUCAAGAUUGUACUUCUGUUGCUCAAAACAUUUCAGAUUUUGGAUCUUGAAUUUUAUGUUUUCAUGUUUUA